AUGAAUAUACAAUUAAGAUUUUUUACAAAUAGAAAAGGUUUAAAUUUAUUUAAUAGUUAUAAUAGAAAUAAACCAUUAAUAUUAUCAAAUUAUAUUAAUAGUUAUAAUAAAAAUGAUAAAGGAAAUAAUAAUAUAUUAAAUAGAUUAAAUGAAUAUUGUAAUUUUAGUACUGCUUCUGGUAGUGGUGGUAUUAGAGUUAGUAAUUUAGAGGAUUUCAUAAAGAUACAACCGAAUGAUAAGUUAAAGUCGUUGAUUAAUACAUUGGAGGUACCCGAUAUUUCAAGAGAGAGAUCGAUCUUGUUUGAGAGACACAGCGGUGAGAAAAGAGUACGUGAAGAACUACAUAGAACUAGAAUACCAAACGUUCAGAGUCCUCGUGAUGCAGAGCGUUCCGACAGCAGUUUAGAGAUGGGUGAAGAUUUAGAAACCGAUUUCAAUAAUCAACAGGAACAACUAAAGAAUGGUAUAUCUACAACAUCGACAACAUCAACAUCAUCAUCAUCAAUGGAGACUGUUAUAUCACCGACUUCCGGUCAUGACAGCACGAAUGCUCUACUCAAUAUGUUGGCACCGGAUUCGAAAGGUGGCGAAGUGGUAUCAAAGAAAGGAACACAAUAUAAGGGUGCACUUACUGACGAUGGUUUGCCAAAUGGUCCUGGCGAGUAUGAGACGGUCGAUGGCGAAGUCUAUAUCGGUGAGUUUGUGCUGGGAAUGAAACAGGGUGCAGGAAAGUAUAUUUGGAGAAACAACAGUUCUUACGAUGGCUAUUGGAUGCACGAUAAACGAAGCGGUGUCGGUAAGAUGGUAGAGGAGCGUGAGAUCUACGAGGGCGAGUGGCUCAACGACCAGCGACACGGUGCCGGACUGCUGCUGACAGAGGGCAUCGAGAUCAGAGGCGAGUGGGUGAACAACGAGUUGGUGAGCGGCCACGAACUGCACGUCAAGAGCGGACUAGAGUACUUUGGAUCCUACAGAAACGGACGUUGGCACGGCGCUGGCAAGUUGGCGUUCAAAGACGGAACGAUUUUCGAGGGUAACUUUGUCGAUGGUACGAGAAGUGGAGUUGGCCGACUGAUUAGCGACGACCAGAUUUUCGAGUGUGAAUGGGUCAACGGUGCACCGAAUGGCUCUGGAAAGUUCUCCUCUCACGACUGGACGUGCGAGGGUGUCUGGCUGAACGGCGCUUGUCAACACGGCACUUUGAAGCGUGUCGGCUACAGCGUGUACAUCGGCGAGAUCAGAAACUUUGUGCCACACGGCGAGGGAGAAGAGUUUAUGGAAGACCAAUGCUACUACAAGGGAGAGUAUCGCGAUGGUAAACGCAAUGGAUUCGGAACGUUCAAGUGGGCUGACGGCACAGUCUACCAAGGUAACUGGGUGGACGAUCUCCGCGUUGGUUUCGGACAAAUGAUUUUCGCCAAUGGCAAAGGCUGGGAAGGUGAAUUCAACGAGACCAUCGAUGGACAAGCCGAAUCACUCGAAACCAGUGGUAAAUUCAAACCAAUCGAUUUAAAUAAUCCAGAGAAUGCAGGUAGCCAACUUUGA